AGCCCAACUGCUCCUCCGUACGCAUGUGUAACAGCGGCGUGUGUCCGGGUUGGAGAGUUCGGAUCUGAGAUUUAGGAAGUGGACUGGAAGUUCAGAGCCGGGCCAGGAAAGGUCCAGGUUACCGCCUGACGCUGCGCAGCACUGCGGGAAUAAUGCUGUCCUGUCGGGAGGAACGCUGGACGUGUCAGCCUGGAGGUCUCUGAAGGACCUGAGCUCUAAUUGUGGUUAGCUUUACCACUGACUCUAGUAGGAAUGUCCUACUGGUCUGUUGGCGUUUCCCAAGAAACUGGAGGGCCUCCCAGCAACAUGGAGCAAAGAAACAGCAGGGACGAGGAAAUGGGAGCCAAGGCUUCUCUGGUGGAGGCCACUGGUCCCAACUCCAGGACGGCUCCUCCUUCAACCCUGGAGAACAUCAAGGCAGCAUAUGAAGGCGGGGAUAAGGAGACUGCCAGGGAGCUGAUUCAGCAGGCCUGUUGUGUGGAGUGUUCAGGGGGGAUCCAUCCUGAUGGAGUCCGCCUCCUGUCUGUGGCCACUCAGCACUGUGAUCUAGUGAGUGUGUGUUACCUUCUGGAGGAAGCCCGUAUCACUGUGCCCCAGGAGCUAUCGCUGUCCAAUCCAGCCGUCCUGGCAGCACAUGGCGGCUACACCAACCUGCUCAAGGAACUGCUGGAUUCAAUACCUGGUGUGAGUCUGAAGAGAGAUCUGGUGAACUGCCUGCUGGCCACAGCCUGUCAGCAGGGUCAUCUGGAUGUGGUGCGUCUGCUGGUCCACAGCUACAAUGCAGAUGUGAAGGACUUUGCCAUCCACAGCAAUGAGUUCGCUGUCCUCUGUGGACUUCCGCUGUAUGCAGCUGCACAAGCCAGUAAUGAGGAGAUCGCUCACUUCCUGCUUGAAAAUGGUGCUGAAUUUUCAUCCUACACCCUGAUGGACUAUCCAGAUUUCAGCAAACUCCUCCUGAGACAGAAACUUGACAAAACAUCUGGUGCAAAUGGAGUGGAGAGUGUCCGUGUGUACUGGAGCGGCUUGCAGUUACCAUAUUUGGAUCUGGACUGGUUCAUGGACGUCUGCUCCCAAAUCACCCACCUGGACCUGUCCUCCAACAGCCUGGGUGCUCUGCCCUCGGUGGUCCCCUGGGGCCUCAUCCAUCUCAGAACUCUGGAUCUGUCUAACAACGCUCUUAAAGAGCUGCCGUUUGCUCAGAACUCCCAGGAUGUCAUCUGCUCCAGGUUACAGAUGGUGAAUAUUUCUCAGAACCAGCUGAAGAGUUUACCAACUGGACUUCUCCAUCUGGUCCACCUGCAGAAACUUUGUGUUGCUGAUAACCAGCUCAGCACACUGUUUGACAUCCCUGACACUGUGAACUGGAUCGGUCUGCGUAAGCUGGAGGGACUGGAUGUGUCUGGUAACUGUCUAACCAGCCUGCUCACUUCAGUCAUGCACUGUUUAAAGUCCCUGCGCUGCCUUGAUGUGAGCAGAAACAAACUGAACGCUUUCCCUGACCCCUGGGCCUGCCCACUGAAUCAAUGCAAAGCUUCGUCCAAUCGGAUCGAGAAUCUUCCAAACACCAUAUCCAUCUUCUGGAGGACUCAGCUGCAGGAGGUGGACUUCUCUGACAACUACCUCAAAGAGCUUCCUUCCUACAUCUUUGAACUGGAGGCCAUCGUCUCAUUAAAGCUGUGUGGGAAUCUGAUUGAAAUGCUCCCUUCUGCUAAUAAAUGGAAGUGCUCGAAGCUCAAGACUCUGGAUCUGUCCAGGAACCAGCUCGGCAGAACCGAAGAGGGGCCCAAAUCCAGGAGACUAGCUUUCCUGACAACAUGGAACAGAAGAGAUCCAGACCCAGUGUGUCCCAUUGAGUUCCCCAGUGUUCUGCGAGAUUCCCUGGAAGUGUUGAUCCUGAAUGAUAACCAACUGGAGUGUGUUCCCCAGUCACUGUGUGCUCUACACAACCUUACUGAGCUGUAUCUCUCUAAUAAUCCUGGAAUCCGAGAACUACCAGCAGAACUGGGACAACUUUCCAACCUGUGGCAGCUGGACAUUGAAAACCUCAACAUCAACAAUAUUCCACAGGCAGUAAAAGAUGAAGGCACCAACUCUGUCCUGGCGUUCCUCCGGGCGCAGCUUCGAAAAGCAGAGCCCUGCAGACUGCUGAAGAUGCUGGUGGUCGGUCCGCCCAGGCAGGGGAAGUCGGCCCUGGUGGAGGCUCUACUGACGGGCAAGGCGUCUCCCUUCACCCCCUCAGAAUGCAGUAUCUCCACCUUCAGCUUGGAGCUGGAAAAACCCAAUGCAGGCAAAAAUAAUAAGGAGUCAGUCGUGUUCCAUGUGUGGGAUAUUGGUGGUCCGGCCAGCAUGACCACAGUCAACCAGUGUUUCUUCACUGAUAAGUCCCUGUAUGUGGUUAUCUGGAACCUGGCUCUGGGAGAGGAGGCUGUGGCCAACCUGCAGACAUGGCUUCUCAACAUAGAGGCACGAGCGCCCAACUCUUCUGUGGUAGUUGUAGGAACCCAUUUGGACCUCAUUGAUACUAAGUUCCGCACAGAGAGGCUGGCAACACUGCGAGCUUAUGUUCUUGCACUGUGCCGAUCGCCGUCUGGAUCGCGGGCCGCUGGUUACCCCGAUGUCACCGUCAAACAGCUGCAUGAGGUGUCGUGUAAGACUCUGGAGGGUUUCGAUGGCCUGAAGAUGCUGCUCUACAAUGUGUCUCUCUCUAUGAAGGACAGUAGCAGCAGCAGCAGCUCAGGCUGUGGGAGCAAGCUGCUGGCCAGACUGAUUCCCAGGAGCUAUUUGAUCCUACAGGAGGCAGUGAUAGCAGAGAAGAAGAGGAGACAUGCUGAAGGAGAGGUCCAGUACCUGACUGAAGCUCAGUUACUCAGCAUCAUUGAACAGAACCCAGAGAGUGACAUCAGAGAUUAUGAGGACCUGCAAACUGCCAUCAGUUUCCUGAUUGAAACUGGAACCUUGCUGCACUUCCCUGACACCAGCCAUGGCCUGUGUACUCUGUACUUCCUGUGUCCUGUGUGGCUGUCAGACUGCUUAGAGAGGAUUGUACAUCUGAACUCUUGUCGUCCUGUCCCCAGGAAUGGAGUGAUCAAAGUGGAAGACCUCAGGAAGCUGCUGGCUGGAACAGGAUUCACCCAGGAGACAGAGGAGCAGUACUUCCAGUUUCUGGCAAAGUUUGAGAUAGCUCUGCCUGUUGCCAAUGACAGAUAUUUGCUGCCACAUCUCCUUCCUCCAAAGCCAGCCAUGGACAUCCACAGCUUCCACCGGCACACCAACAACACGCUGCAGCGACUCUUUAAGAUGAGCUUCGUUCCCGUUGGCUUCUGGGAGCGCUUCAUUGCCAGGAUGCUCAUCAGCCUCACAGAGAUGGACCUUCAGUCGUUUGAUUCAGCCAAAAACAGGAGCCUGAACCGCAGGAGUUCCCUGAUCUACAGCUUCGCUGGCAGCCAGCAGAGGAACCGUUGCAGCACCUUCAGGGUCCGACGCAGCCAGACUAUCUACUGGAAGGAGGGGCUUCUGGUCACUUUUGAUGGAGGUUACCUCAGUGUGGAGUCAUCGGAUGUUAACUGGAAGAAGAUGAAGAGUGGAGGCAUAAAGAUCCUCUGUCAGUCAGACAUCAGAGACUUCUCUGCCAUGGCCUUCAUCACUGACCACGUCAACUCUCUGAUGGAACAGUGGUUUCCUGCUUUGACAGGCACCCAGAGUGAUGGGAGUCUCCUCAUUGAGCAGUAUGUGCCCUGCUCCCUGUGUGCCCCGAGGGACCAGCAGCAGGAGCAGGCAGAGGACGGCAGAAGAGGAGAAGCAGAGGUUCAUUACUUCAACAUAGAGGACUGUGUGCUGGCGGCUGUGGAACAGGAACACAUCGUCUGUCCUCAGCAUCCGGAGCAGCCGAUCCCUCUGCAGGAGCUGGUCCCAGAACUGUUCAUGACUGACUUUCCGGCACGGCUGUUUCUGGAGAAGGCUCAGCUGGAGCUGUGUGAGGAGGAACAGAACAUUCUCGGUCAGGGUGGCAGUGGGACCAUCAUCUACAGAGCCAGAUACAGAGACCAGCCGGUUGCUGUGAAGCUCUUCCACUUUAAGAGAUGUCGACAGCUGUCAGCCACCAGCGAUAGAGACACCAUGGUGAAGCACCUGCAGUUUGUCAACGCGUGUCGCAGCUUCUCUGAGUUCCGUCAGGAGGCCAGCAUGUUGCAUUCUCUGCAGCAUCCCUGCAUCGUGGCUCUGGUGGGCAUCAGCAUUCAUCCCCUGUGCUUCGCGCUGCAGCUAGCGCCUCUGGGCAGCCUCAACACGGUGCUGGAGGAGAGGCACAAAGGCUCAGAGUACAUGCCUCUUGGUCACAUGCUAACCUUUAAGGUAGCGUAUCAGGUUGCAGCAGGACUGGCCUACCUCCACAGAAAGAACAUCAUCUUCUGUGACCUGAAGUCGGACAACAUCCUGGUGUGGUCCCUGGAGGUUCAGGAUCCCAUCAACGUUAAGCUGUCCGAUUAUGGAAUCUCUCGGCAAUCCUUCCAUGAGGGGGCGCUGGGAGUGGAGGGAACCCCAGGAUACCAGGCUCCCGAGGUCCGACCGGGCAUUGUGUACGACGAGAAGGUGGACAUGUUCUCCUAUGGAAUGGUUCUGUAUGAGCUGCUGUCUGGGCGGAGGCCGGCUCUGGGGAACCACCAGCUCCAGAUAGCCAAGAAGCUCUCCAGAGGCGUCCGGCCGGUGCUGGGCAGCCUGGAGCAGGUCCAGUUCUACAGCCUCCACACCCUGAUGACUGAGUGCUGGGACACCAAGCCUGAGAAGAGGCCAGUGGCACUGUGGUGUGUGAGACAGAUGGAGGAGCCCAGUUUCCCCUGCCUCAAGUAUCUGUUGUCCUGCGACAGCCAGUCGCAGCUCUUCCUGUCCCAGCUGCAGGGAUGCAGCGCUGUCUUCUGGCACGGAGACAACGAGGACAGAAACUACAGUGUGGUGAAUGUAGAGAAGGGCCAGGUGGAAGUAAAGAGGAUGUGUUGUCCUGGCAACAGGAUCAGCUGCCAGAUGAAAAUGCCAAAUUCUCUAUGGAUAUCUACUGAGGAGCAGGAGGUGUUUGUCUACAGCCUGAAGGACAUGUGUCCCCUCAGUCAGCCUCAGAAACGCCUGUCCUGUCCAGCUGUGGUCACCUGUCUGUUCCACGUUCCAGCUGCAGAGCAGAGCCUGGCCAAGGUGUUUGCUGGGAUGUCUGAUGGUUUGGUGGCUGUCUACACCUUGGUGGACGACCUUCCUCUGGACGGAGAGAUGUACCUGUGUUCACACACCUUAAACAAGACCGUGUUUGGCCUGAAGGACUCUGACCCGAGGCAGAGGCCCUACCCGGUCCGGAGCAUGGCUCUGCUCAGCAGCGGCUCUCAGCUCUGGUUCUCUAACGGACCGGGCCUGCUGGUCAUUGACACCAGCAGUCUCCAGGCAGUGCGAAGGCUAGAACCGUACAAGGCUCCAUCGUCCAUAGUGAGCAUGACCACCAGCUUCAGUCUGUGUGGAGAGGAAGCCGUGUGGACGCUGGACGACCACAGCAACACGCUCAAGCUGUACUACGCCGCCUCAUACGAGCUGUGUGCCACCUACUGCUGUGGGGACAGAAACCCUUUACGGGACGUGUUCGCCGUGCAGCGUCCUGCUGGGAUGGCCGCGGCGGCAGGUGAUGACAUCAACACUACGGACCAGAACGGGAAGCUGGAAUGGAGUAACGGAGAUGUGACGCUGAUUUUUAGUGAGGAGGCGGGCACACAAAUCAUCCAGCACCAGGAUUCUGUGACAGACUACUGCUCCCUGUCAUCUCCCUGCUCUCUGGAACCGCCACAGUCAAACUGUCUGAGCGCCACAGACUGCAGCUCACUGAAGAGUAGAAGCUGUUCGCCGUUGGCCCUGAAUCUGCAGGCCCAACAGGAACCCAGAACUACUAACCUGGACUCUGCUGAGGAAAUAAACCCUGCCGUCCCUGAACUGCAGGCCUUUAAUCUGCUGCCGGUGAAUGGGACAGUGUGGAUCCCCAGGCGUGGAGGUGAUUUGAUAAUCAUUGAAAUCCAGUCCUGUGGAAAUCAACUCAGGGGACGUGUCUCUGCUGUCCUCAGUCCACCGGGACUGUCCUCUCUGGGGACCCUGGAGGAGGCAGCGCUGGUGGCUAAGGACACGGUUGUGUGUGGCUUCCAGCAGAAGGAAAACAUGGAGUGGUGCCUGGUAGUCUGGAGGGCCUGGGGCCACCAGGAGCUGGAGGUUUUCUACCAGUCCUGGGAGGAGCUGUACCGCUCUGAGAGCAGCAGCAGGAGGAGGAGGUAGCUGCUCAGCAUGGGGUGCUGAGCGGGACGGACACCGUAGGCUACCCCCCUCCCUCCAUAUAACUGAAAAAAGACUUCGAACAUUUCUGUCUGUCAUUACAGAACAUUCAUCGUUUUGCUAUUUUAAGCUAGUCAGAUAAAUUACUAAAAUUAUUUCUUUUUGCUAAAUGUCAGAAUAAUGAGAAAUAUCAUUUGUUGCAUUCAGAUGGUUACAUACAGCAUCAUCACUACUCCUUUAACAAUUUGGGAAAGCCCUCAUUUUGAUGGCUUCAGAAGCUUCCUGUUGGUUAGUUCUUCAUAUCUGAUAUGGAUUAUUAUAAAGUCGAACUCUCUGCCUCCAUGUGAGGCAUCAUGGGAGAAUCAGAAAACAUGAGCCAAGAUCCAGGAAGACAUGGUGAGCCUUCCUGAUUCCUGACGGAGUCGUGAAGGGAAUGGAGGGAACGUCCACCAUGACAGCAGACAGGAAGUAGGCCCUGCGGUCUCAGCCCAGCGCGCGCUGAGGUUCAUGGUGAGGCGCCGACUCCUCCAGAGUCACAUGAAUGAAUCUGAGCUCCAAUAAAGAAGCUAAUUUUCAGUUUUGACCUUAACUGAUUAAAAUUUUUAAUUCUGUUUUAAUCAAGUCCAUAUAAUUCUACAGCAAGAAAAGUACAAAGUAAUUUCAUAUGAGGUCAGAUUAGAUUUAUUUAAGAUUUAAAUCUUUGGCUUUUUUUUAUUAAAAUUGAAGAUCAUAUAUGAUCUAAUCAUCAGUUUGCAUAACCUCCACAAACAUCUGUAACUCUGCUGUAAAAAGUUUUUCUUCAUUUCUAAAAAUCUGACAGCUUUAACAGAGACGACGACCAGGACUAUUCCCACUAAGUUAUUAUAUUUAUUCCUGAUUUCUUUUCUUUUCAAUGUGCAGAAGAAGACAGCCGCCCUCUGUCUGUGGGGCUCCACACUGCCUCCUAUUGGUGAGACUGUAGUCUGGGCCAGACUUUAGAACGGACUGACAGGGGCAGCAACUCAGGGCCAAAAAUAUUUCUUUUCUACUUUUCUUUAACAAAUGCAUGUUUAACAAACAUUAUAUUUUAUAUAACACUCCAUUAUAUAUAGUAUAUAAUAUUUAAUUAUCUUAAAAUUCUGAGGUUCUAGUAGAUUUCUUUGGGAACAACAUGGAGCUCCUGGCUGGGGGACAUAUUAAACCCACCAUGCAUCAGUUUGUACACACUGAUAUAUGAAACUAUUUAUUAAUAUACUGUAAUUUUGCCAUCCAUCACCAAAUCUGCCUUUAGCCCAUCGGCCUACUGGUGCUCUCUGUCUCACCGUCACUGAAUCAGAACCAAAGCAAAAGACCUGCUGACUGUGUGAAGUCUAACUUUCCCAGUGAAACAUGUUCUGUCCAAACAUGGAGUUAAAGGUCACUCAGGGAGGAAGAAGCCAUGACUCUUAAAGAGACAGUAAAGGCAGAUUACAGUCUGCACAUGCACACAGGAACAGAGACCUGAACGUCUGGAGGUCUGCCCUGACGACACUAAAAUACAACCAUGGAUCAGCAAAAUGAAAGGGAAGAUACCUGAACACCCUCCUGACUGUGAUACAUGGCAGCAUCAUGCUGUGUGGGUGAUUUUCUGCAGGAGGGACUGGUGGACAUUGUGGGACAGCGUCCUCUGGUCCCUCAGCGGAGCAGCUGCCAUGUUUCAGUGAGCGUCAUGCAGCCUGAUGUGACAGCGAGGCGAACUGAUCCAGACCUGAAGCACAUCCUACCCGACACUCUGAAAGCUCAAGAAAAUCUCAUUAUUUUGACAUUUAGCAAAUGUAGAUAUGUUUGGUAAACAAGAAAUGUUUCAUCUGAUUCCAUAUCUGACGGUGCAGAAUAAAAACGUGUGUGUGUUUUAAUGUGUGUAUGUGACCUGACCCAAAGCACAUUAGAGGCCCUGGAGCAGACCCCGGGCCCCCGGUCCGCCUCCAGCUGCUCAGCUCCCUCUGUUUACUCCUCACAUAUUUCUGUCCACUAGAAUCCGUCCAAACUGAGACGGUGGAGCUUCACAGGAACAUUCCGGUUCGAACACAGACUGAGCUCUGUCCUGCUGGUGGGUGGAUCCCUCUGACGCUGGGAACAGGAUCCAGGAUCCUCUUUGGACCUGAGCGCUGCCAGAUGCAGACUCAUCUGGACCUGAGGCCAAGGACAGGAGCUGCUCCCCGUCCAGCUGCUGCUCUGUAAACACAUCUGGAGGCCGACUGCAGCUCACUCCCAGAUAUUACGCAGAAAUAAACAACGAGGUGCAGCAACAGAAAAACAAGCUGUGAGACGCUGCAGCAUCUCCAAACAUCCUGACACUCAUACAGCUUGAAUUAUUCACCAAAGGAGCCAGGAGUUAUUCAUUUACUAGAACUGUAUAAUGUAAAAUAUGCAGAUGCUCAACACUGUUAUUGUAUGAAAUUAUGUUCAAUACAUUUUUUGUAAAUAAAGGUUCAGUGUUUUUCUCAGA